AUGUUGAAAGAGAAAGCUCAACGAUCUACUAUACCUUUUCUGCCGAAAAAACGUGCAUGCAACACACGGCAAGAUGUUGAAGGAGGUAUUUCAGAUGAAGAUUUGGUGAAUUCAGUGAUCGAUGCCUCCAACACUUUCGGCAAAGUCGAAUUUCCGUCAUAUUAUAGUAAACUUAAAUCUAUUUGGACCGAUCAAGAUGCUAAAAACUAUCAUUUUAUCGAUUUAGGGGAUAAAGAUAAUUAUAUAAGGUUAGUGUUGGAUGAUGAUGUUAUGCACACAGAUGAAAAGACACGUGAAUAUAUAGAACUCUUUGAUCAUAUUAUGGAGGAAGAGAACUUGGAAGAUAUUUGUGAUGACGUAGUUGUGGACGAAGUAGCUGGCAGUGGUCUUGUAUAUGAAUAUAAUUAA